AUGGAACUGUUUUCCCGCAGCUGUUUCCGACAAGUACGUAACAUGAGCAAAAUUGACAUUCAAAAAUUCCACAACGCCAAAGGAGAGUUCAAACGACAGGACAGCUCCUUUAGAAGCGUAAUUGGCAAAGACCCGAAAUUCCCUGUGGAGCCAGACAGAUACCAUCUUUAUGUGUCCUACGCGUGCCCUUGGGCCAACAGGACCCUUAUCGCCAGAAAGUUGAAGGGCUUGGAAGACUACCUUGACUAUAGUGUUGUGCAUUGGCAUAUGGAUAGCAAAGGUUGGAGGUUUCCUUCCAACGACGACCCUUGUGAAGGGGCCACUCCGGAUAAAUUGUAUGGGUACAAGCGACUGAGUGAAUUGUAUUACCGGGCCAACCCCAAUUAUGAAGGACGAUUCACUGUGCCUGUCUUGUGGGAUAAGAAACAGCAUACGAUCGUAAACAACGAAAGUUCGGAGAUUAUAAGAAUAUUCAAUACUGCUUUUAACGAGUUGUUAGAGAAGGAUGGUAAACACGAACAAGCAAAGUUGGACCUGUAUCCAGAAUCUUUGCAAGCUCAAAUUGACCAAACCAAUGACUGGAUUUAUAAUAACAUCAACAACGGUGUUUAUAAGGCUGGUUUUGCUGGAAAGCAAGAAGUUUAUGAAGAAGAGGUCAAAAAGGUGUUUGCCCAUCUCGAUAAAGUUGAGGAUGAGCUGUCAAAUGACGGCCAAGAAUUCAUAGUGGGCGAUCAAUUGACUGAGGCAGAUAUCAGACUAUUCGUAACCAUUAUCAGAUUUGACCCUGUUUACGUUCAGCAUUUCAAAUGUAACAUUGGAAUGAUUCGAUUUGAUUACCCCAACAUCCACAAGUGGUUGAGACGUUUGUAUUGGAAUUAUCCCGAGUUGAAGGACACAGUACACUUUGACCAUAUUAAGUUCCACUACACAAAGUCUCAUCCCCAGAUCAAUCCACUGGGUAUCACUCCAGUUGGGCCAUUACCGAACAUUUUGCCAUUGUAG